AUGGUGCUGGUAAAUCCGCCAUAUUUGAGCGACGAGGUUCAUAAGCGAAAGCCCUCGUUGCUCUCGGCGAACACCUCCCAAGGAACUAUCAGAAAUGUCUACUUAAGAGGUUGGCGAUAUGGGUUGUUCCUUGGAGGACUUGUAGGAUUCAUCAGUGCAGCACUUUAUCCUAUCAUCAUAUACCCAAUGAUGCAUGUGGAUGACUACAAAAAGAUCCAGGCAGAAAAUCGGAAAGAUGUUAAUCAAGAGGAAAUUCAACCAGGAAAUAUGAAAGUCUGGUCAGAUCCAUUUGACAGAAAGAAAUGAUGCUAGUACAAGUAACAUGUAGUCAUUGGAAUGAAAAUAUAAUUCAUUAAUUGUAAAUU